CUUAGCGACGCUGGAUUUUGUAAUAUACAUAUUAUAGGACAUUCAAUGGGAUGUAUGCUUGCAAUUAAAUAUUUGGAUGUUUUUGAAGGAUUAUUUCACACUAUUGGAAGUUCAAAUGAUAUCAAAUUUUAUAAAGAUAAAGAUGUUUUAAUGAAACUUUCAACGUUCACAUUACUUAAUCCUGAUACAACAUACAGAUCAUUUAUUGAACAAGAUUAUGCUAAACUUUCAAGUUAUUGUGAUCAUAUAACAAUUUAUUCCAAUUAUCGAGAUUUUGCACUUAAAAUUGGUGAAAUUUUAAGCGGUGAGAAAUCACUGGGACGACAAACGGGUGAUUUGUCCUAUAAAGAUAGCUUAUUAAAUGUAGACUUAAUCGAUACCACACAAUUGGACGUGAACAUCCAUAAGAUGAGACAUAAUUUCUUUAAUUUAAAUAGGUUAUUAGUUGAUGAUUUAUCAGAUAUAAUUGUAUUUGGGAAACGUGCGAGGGAAAGAAAAACUAGAUUAAGUGGUCGUAAAGGUGUUGGACGUGAGGGUGUAGUUUAUACCUUUUUAGUUGCACCGAGUUAUGUUGUUAAUAAAUAA